CUCUGUCCCCUUCCUUUUUUUUUAAAUUACCAAAAAUACCCUUCUCCAUCGCCACCCCCACCAUCACCUUCACCAGCCAUUGCUACCAUACGCAACCACUCUAAGAAGUUUUCCCCGCAAAGUAGAGGAAUUCUCGCCCAGCUUUAACAAAAGAUGCAGGACUCCCCUGACUCAAGUCAUGGAUUCAGGGUGGGCCAACGAGUACAUUCAUCGGGUGAUUCAAGGAGAAUUGGUACAGUUAAGUAUGUGGGGCCUGUAGAAGGCUAUUCAGGCACGUGGGUUGGAGUUGACUGGGAUAAUGGAGAAGGCAAACAUGAUGGAUCCAUCAAUGGCGUCCGAUACUUUCAUGCAAAGUCUGAAAGAUCGGGGUCAUUGGUUCGUGCUCCGAAUUUGAGCCAAGGGAUUUCAUUGCUUGAGGCUCUUGAAAAAAGAUACCGAAGUAAAUCAACUAAUGAUGAAGAGGAUGAAAUGUAUGUCCUUUCAACUAGCAACAAUCGAGUAUCUGUUCAACUUGUGGGUAAAGAUAAAAUUCAAGAUAAACUAAGUCGAUUUGAGGAGUUAACCAAUGCAUCAUUGGCGUAUAUGGGUGUUAGUUUCCCUGGAAUUCCAGAUCAGAUUAAUACUACAGUCCCAAAUAUGAAAGAACUUGACCUGACUGGGAACCUGCUUUCGGAUUGGAAGGAUGUUGGCAAAAUUUGUGGUCAGUUACCUGCUCUGCAGGCUCUCAACUUAUCUAACAACUUAAUGUCACCAUAUAAAUCAGAACUUCCACCACUAGAAAGCAUCCGCAUUCUAGUUUUAAAUAAUACUGGUGUAGAUUGGGAGCAGGUUGAAUUGCUUAGACAAUCAUUGACAGCUAUUGAAGAGCUGCAUCUUAUCGGAAACAAUAUAAGCAGAGUACUGCCUAUGUCAUCCUCCUUUGUUCAAGGAUUUAAUUCUUUGCGUCUAUUGAAUUUGGAUGAUAAUUGUAUAGCUGAAUGGGAUGAAGUCAUGAAGCUUUCUCAACUAAGAUGUUUGGAACAGCUUUAUUUGAACAAGAAUUGUUUGAAUUCUAUCUUUUAUCCUGAUAAUGGCCAGCAGAAUGAAUUGGAAGCCACAAGCUAUAGGCCCUUUCAAAAUUUGCGCUGCCUUCUAUUAGGUGAUAACAACAUCGGUGAUCUGGUCUCUGUUGACUCAUUAAACUUGUUCCCUAACUUGGUGGAAACUAGGCUUUCUGAGAACCCAAUAGCUGAUACUACAAGUGGUGGAGUUCCAAGAUUUGUUUUGAUUGCUCGUUUAGCAAAAAUCAAGGUGUUUAAUGGAAGUGAGGUUACACCUCGUGAAAGGAAGGACUCUGAGAUUAGGUAUGUUCGACUUGUGAUCUCGAGGUUGCAUGCUAAUGCUGAAGAAAUCAAACAGCAUCCCAGGUUUUCUGAGCUUAAGAGUUUGUAUGGAAUUGAGGAUGAAAGACCGUCAACUGGAGCUUCAGGCCCACAAACCAUAGGCUCAGGGUUCUUGUCUAUCACUUUGAAGUGUGUUGGAGCAUCCAUGGGUGAGAAGCAACCAUUGACAAAGAAGCUGCCAGCAACAACUACGGUUGGUAAGCUGAAAUUUCUCUGUGAGAGCUUUUUUAAGCUGAAGUCAUUGAAGCUAAAGUUAUUUCUUCAAGAAGAGGGCUCUCCAUUACCUGUGCUGCUCGACAACGACACAUCAUCUCUUAUAGAUCUUGGAAUUGGCAAUGAAUCAAUCAUCCUUGUAGACGAAGAAAAUUGAUAGAAAGAUCAGAAAUUGAAGAGCUUCUCUUGUGCUGAAAUUUCUACCCUGUUCUGAUUAGCUGCAAUUAAUUUUAAAAGUUGGCUUGCAAAUGAAUGUAUUUUGAAGUGGUAGAUCGAUUGAGUGUGGUUACAAGCCAACAUAAGUUGAAAUCUUGUGUUUUUUUGAGGCACUGCUGAAUUGGAUGCUCUUUCCCCGAUCAUGUCACAAAUAUUUUCUGUAUCCCCAGUUCCAUUGCAAACAGAUUUGGAUCUUGCACGCCAAGAAAGAAGAAUGGAUUAUUUGGAAAGUGAGCUCAAAUCUUUUACAAAUAUGUGUUUAGGAAACAUUCAUGUUUGCAAUGCAGAUUGGGAUUAGUCCCUCAAAAAGUAUUGUUAUCUCUGUUUAGUCCUUGCAUUAGUUGGCAUGGAAUAUAGGAUAAAUAGAAGGGUUAAAUGGAAAUUUUGUGAUAUUUUAAGGGAUAGAAAAUAGUUUAGUUUUAAGAUACUAAUAGUGUAAAAUAUUUUAUAUGAUCAUUUAAUUAGAUUUAUACGUUUAGAUUUAAGUUUGAAUUUUUUGUUUUUUGGAUGUGGCAAUAUAAGACUGGGUUG